CCAUGGCAGGACUUGGAUACUUGAUUCCUGGACUCGUGUUGGGUCUGGGAAGCACUGUGUCUGCAUCUCCCUUGAAUGUUCAGCCUCUGAACACCACUUACACCAAUGUUACCUCCCUCCCUCAGUUCAGCAACUACACCAGUACCAGAACUAUCCUGAGCACUGCUACCAUCUACAAUGCCGCAAGCACCAGUGCCAUCGUUGUUGCAGCGGUAGAUGGACACGCUUCAGGUUUCCCAGGUUCCUCCUCAAGUUCUUCCUCCGGCUCGUCCUCGGGUGCUGCCAUCAACGCUGAGCAACAUGAUCAAGAUUCCGCUCCCUUUACCACGAACGCCGUCCAGAGAUACGACUUCGCUACCUCGUCUUCUGCUGUUGCUGUCAACGUUGGAUCCCAGGCCCAAUCCCCGGCAAACUCUGGCGGAUUCCAAACCGUGGUCGUGACACAGACAGUCGCUGGUUGCACUCUCGGUGAAUCUACUGGUGCGCCAUCCUCGACUGCCAACCACGCUCCUUUCGCACUCGCCGCUUCCUCUGUUGGUACUGCAGAGUAUGCCGCCGCCACGGUUUCGCCUGCUGUUCACUGGGAUUUCCCUCUUGACAACCUUGACAACCUGAUCCCAUCAAAGAAUGCAAGUCUCUACUACGGUCUUGCCGACCCCAAAGUCGAGCACCCUUUCGCAUCUGUUGUUACUGAUCUGACUCAUGAUACUGUCGUUCUCGAUCACUCUUCAUACAUCUCUGAAACAUCUUGCUCUGAAGACGGCAUUGUUGUUUCCUUCACCAGCGUUCAAGCAUUCAACUUGGCUUGCGAUAGCUGGUCAAGCACCUCUACUGGAUUGGUUCUCGCAACCUAUACUGAUGGCUGUCAUGGUGAUGCUGAAGACCAACGAACCUUUUGGUUGAUCGCCUCCCUCUCCUUUGACAACAAAACAAUGACAAUCAAGGCUGUUGUCAGCGAGGAGCUGGAGAUUGGUGAAAUCGCCCACACCGUCGAUCUUGUCUGGGGCACUUACACUCCUGGAAGCAAUGGUGUCCCUGCCAUUGGUGGUAGCGCUACAUCUGUCGGAGAUGCAAGAGCCAGCACUACUUCUACCCGCAAUUCAGGCACCAGCAGCACACUCACUGGCGCUGUUCCUACGCGUACCUCCUCAGGGUCCAGCAACGGAACACUCUACGGGUCUUCUUGCGGUACCGCUCCUUCUUCUGUCAUAGAUGGUCUGCCUGCAAUCGACUGCGGUGACGCAGAAUUCGAUUCUCGCCUUGACGACCGCAUUGGAUAUCUCGAUACCACCUCCGGCAACUACGCUGACAGCGUUCGUGAUUUCUUCCCAGAUGUCGACUUGAACGCAGAGGAUCUCGUGGACGACGACGUGGAAUUGACUCGACGUGGUCUUGCGCAUCUCCGAAAGAGAGAUUGGCGUGACUCUAUCAGAAGUGGUCUCAGAAAGAUCGGUAGCGGGAUUGCGACUGGAGCCAAGGCAGUCGGUAACGUUGUUGUCAAGGGCGGUGAAAUUCUCGUUGAUGCCAGCAAGGCCACUGGUAAACUCGCACUAGCUGGUGUUCGAAGUGUUCCCCUCAUUGGCACAGGAUUGGAUGCAGUGUCAGGCGGCGUGUUGAAAGACCUCUCGAACUUUGAUCCCAGCAUCAGCGGAUCUCAAGAAUUCAACUAUGGCCCUGCAGCUUCUGUGGACUCUCCUUGGGGCAAAGCAGCAUCGAUCUACUCUAAGAAGAAGGAAUUCAAGGACGACAAGGGCAGUGCCGAGGUCAACCUGUACUGUGUCGACUGUGGUGUGAAGGGCAAAGUUUCCAUGGCCGGUCAAGCCAAGUGGAACGCAAAGGACGGCCUGCAAUCGCUGAACGCUGGUAUCAAUGCCAACAUUGAAGCCGGUAUCCAUCUUGGUCUCACUGCAUCCGCGUCUUACAAGGACGAGCGGACCAAGAAGAUCAUCAACCAGCCUCUUCCCGAAGUCGGUGUCUCUGUUGGCAAGCUUUUCACUGCUGGUGUUUACCUCAGUGUCGAUGCAAAGUCUGUGGUCGAGGUCAACGCCGAGGGCCAGAUCCUCGUCGGUGUUGCCAUGAAGAUUCCAAACUUUGAAGCCAAGCUCAACCUUCUCGAUGCUCAAAGCUCCACCAAAAGCAGCAUUACUGGGUUCACUCCCGAGUUUACAAAGAGAUUCGAGGCGAGCGGUAAGAUCGGCGCUCAGCUCACUUUGAGUCUGCCUAUUGCCAUCAACGCAGGUAUCGAGAUCCCUCCUCUCAACAUGAAGAGAGUAUUGGCUUUGAUUGAGGAGCCUAGCGUUGUCGGCAACCUCACUGUCGCAGCGUCCACCGCAAAUGCCGAAGCAGCCAGCGAGACAUGCAACAACGGUAUUGAGUACUUUGCUAAUGAUNUCGAUGGCUCGAAGGCCACCUCCAAGGCCUCCUCUGCUGUGUCGUCCGAAGCAUCUACCGCUGGUACCGAGCUUUCUACCGCACCCACAACAGCUGCUACCACAGAUGCUAGCAGCCCGAUAUCGACUGAAGCACCUAGUGCUGUAACCACUGGUUCUGAGCCAACGGCUACCGAUGACGCAUCUGAGCCUUCGAACCCUGGAACCACGAUUGAGCCCACUGCUACUGAGGGCUCAGACUCCAACGAACCCACUGAGACGGGUGAUGUAACCGAUCCUAGCACCACUGACUCUGAAGAUGCACCCGAGCCAACCGAAACAAGUGCUUCAGAUGAUGGGACACCCACCGAGACCGACGAUUCAACUCCUGAUGAAGGAUCCAAUGAAGAGUCUAUUUCGGAUGCUGAUGAGGAGACUAACUCUGGGCCCGUUUCAUCUUCUGACGAAGAAUCCACCACCGGCGAGCUUCAAAGACGUCAUGCUCGUAGCUUCGUAGUCCGUCGUCAAGAUAACAUCACCUCAACUGAUGACUCGGAUGUCUCCGACGUCUCCAGCGACGAUGAGAAGUACGUCUUCGACGACGAGGACAACUAUGUCGAGUCCUUUGACAACGACGUAGCCACGGACGCAGAUCUUUCCGAUGAUACCAUUGGCGAUUACUCGGAGGAUCCCGACAACACUGCUUUCAAGGAAAACACAGACAAGGCUCUUCAAUUGGCUACCCAUGACUCUCCCAGCGAUGCAAACUACACCCAGCUGAUCGAUAUUUCAAAGACCCUUGCUGUCGUUCCUAGUGCCAACGGCAACCUCUACGCCGCUACCUACAGCGAGGAAUUGAUCCAGACUGACAACCUCCUCUUUGGCCACUACGACAACGCAAUCUUCGGCGAUGACAGCGGUCGCUACCUCCACUUCCACCCCGACGAGAUGAAAGUGUAUGGCGCCAGUCGACUGCGUCUGUCCGACGAAGACAGCAUCCCCAAGAGCGCCGAUUUCAUCACUUUGACUCUCGAAGAGCUCGAGGAGAGUACCCAACCUAUCUACUUCGCCGCAGACACAUACGGUAACCUAUACAACAUUGUCAUGUGCAACUUUGCCAACAGCGCUGUUAGCAAGAUCUUCGUGGUUGACGGCCAGGAUGGUCUGGAUGCCUUGGUCAACAAUGCCAAUGUCAAGUACACUGUCACUGGUGCACCUGUCCAGGAGUGUUACCCUCUGGCUCUGGUUGAUGCUGCUUCUAUA